AUGUGUCCCUGAACAACUGUUAGUUUACGAGCACUAUAAAGAGCACUGACGCUAUCAGAUGCAAAAGAGGCGGCAAAUUUCUUCAAAUUUGUAUCUAUAAAAAACAAUAUGCAACAAGACAAAGAGCAGGAAGAGGUCCAUGAGGAACGGCGAUGGUGCGGUAUUGGGAACCAUAAACUAAGGACCCCAUAUCGUGAACUUGGCAAUGAGCAUUUGUACAAGUUUGCCAAAAGGCUUAACUCUGAAAUCCAGAUAACCUCGCCAUUGUGUGUUACAUGCUAUAAGAGUCUGUUAAGAGUUUAUAACUUGAAAAAUAACAAUGCCAGGAUGCACAGGGAGCGGGCUGAAGCCUCAAGUGUCACUGAUGUCAGCGGCAAUUCUGUGGGGGUAUCAACAGCUACCAGUGCCAUCGUAAGAAACAUCAUUUCGCCUCCAACAAGUACUUCUGACGACGAGCCCAUCUCGAAUUUAAGUCUAAACGCAGUAAAUGGCACCCGGUUGCCCCAUAUACAGCCAAUUCCCAAAAGACGACCUACUGUUCAUUUGAACAAGGAAGCCAUGGACAUUUAUUUGCAGGGAACUACCGGGGGAUAAGCAGAUUCCUCUCCCUUAACUAUUUUCAUUUUCAAUUUCAUUAUUUCAUGUACUUUAGUCUGUCAGCGACAGUAAAUAUUGAAUAUAUAGCUUUUCAUUAUCCAGACCAUAAGUAUUUAAAUGUUAUCAUUAUCGGAAUAGCAAUAAACACUAUGUUUUGAGAAGUUUUUUAUUUAAAUAUAUAUAAUAAAUGCAAAUGUUUUUCCUUAA